GAAAUGUACGUGCACACGCAUCAGCAACUCUUUGGGGCGAUAGAAACUGGCUGGGGGAGUGUCACUGGCUAGAAGCACUUUCUUCCUGUUUCACUCCAACUAGCUAACUUCGAUUUAUUCCUUGUCAUUUUGUGAGUGUCGGAGAACAUUAGCUCCACAAAAGUCAUCCUUAGUUCGUGAGCUACUUGCCAGCUGCUGCUAGCACGCGUUUCACGACCCCGGGCUUCGUGUCGAGGUGGUGAGACCAUCUAAGAGUUGGUGUGUUUCCAGGUGUGGAGCAUGUGGACGUCCUGCUGUAACUGGUUCUGUCUGGACACUGCCACGGUGGAGGAGAGCAACAGCAGCAUGCGUCACCAGGCCUAUACUAACUCAGGUUACAGCAGCUACCCAUCACCCCCACUCCCGGAACACACAUGCAAAGCCUGCGGAAGCCGCUUCGUCACCCUUGCCAGAAAGCAUGUAUGCGUGGACUGCAAGAAGAACUACUGUGGCAGUUGUUCGGCCCAGCUUGAGCCCCGGCAACGCCUUUGCCACACUUGCCAGCGGUUUCACGGCACGCUUUUCGAGCGCACCGAGCUGAUGAAGCUCAAGGUGAAGGACCUGCGUGACUACCUCCACCUGCACGAGGUCUCAACACAGAUGUGCCGUGAGAAAGAGGAACUGGUGGAGCUGGUCCUGGGACAGCAGACACCAUCAUCCUCUGGCCCAAUCAUAAACCCUCUGACCCAAACACAGACCCCCACCGUGACCCAGCAUGAGACAACUCCUCUUCCAGCCCCCACUACUACCACCACCACCACCACACCCUCCACACACCCCGACCCCACCUCCACAGACAAUGUCCCUUCACAGCCGCCACCCACUCAGGAGGGCAGUCAGACCCCGUCUGUGUUGUUGCCCUUGGGUCCUGAGGAGCCACUGGACACUGAGGGAGAUACAGAGCUGCAGGGAGAGCAGGAGCUGCAGUCCUCAGACACAGAUGAGGUGCUGGCACCAGGCCGCAGGGCGUCGCUGUCAGACCUGGCCACGGCAGAUGACAUCGAGGCCCUCAGCGUCCGGCAGCUCAAGGAGAUCCUAGCCCGUAACUUUGUCAACUACAAGGGCUGCUGCGAGAAGUGGGAGCUAAUGGAGAGGGUCACCCGCCUCUACCAUGACCAGAAGGUCCUCCAGAAUCUGGUUUCAAGUACAAAUGACGGCACAGACCCCAGUGGUACCCCCGGCCAGGAAGAGAACCUGUGUAAGAUCUGCAUGGACUCUCCUAUUGACUGUGUCCUGCUGGAGUGCGGCCACAUGGUCACCUGCACCAAGUGUGGCAAGAGGAUGAACGAGUGCCCCAUCUGCAGGCAGUAUGUGGUGCGCGCCGUUCACAUCUUUAGAGCCUGAGACCUACUAAGCCUUGGGAAUCUCCCCACCACCUACCUCCCGUAAAUUAACAAGGGACUUGCUACAUGUGGCCUUACCACACCCAUAGGGUGGCAGGGUAGCCUAGUGGUUAGAGCGUUGGGCUAGUAACUGGAAGGUUGCAAGUUUGAACCCCCGAGCUGACAAGGUACAAAUCUGUCGUUCUGCCCCUGAACAGGCAGUUAACCCACUGUUCCUAGGCCGUCAUUGAAAAUAAGAAUUUGUUCUUAACUGACUUGCCUAGUUAAAUUAAAAUUGUAUAAAAAAAAAUAGGCUAGACCAGGGGUAUUCAACUCUUACCAUAUGAGGUCCGGAGGCUGUUGGUUUUCUGUUCUACCUGAUACAUAUUUGCAUCUACCUGGUGUCCAAGGUGUAAAUCAGUCUGUGAUUAGAGGGGAACAAUGGAAUGAAAGCAGUGGAACUGGCUUUGAGGUCCAGAGUUGAGUUUGAGGGGACUAACCUCCUCUCCCUCCAGUUCUCCACUGCUCUGAUGGUCCUGGAGACCCAGAGUACUGGUUCCCCCUGCUGGAGGGAUGACCAGGGGAGGUUAUUUACAUUUACAUUUAAGUCAUUUAGCAGAUGCUCUUAUCCAGAGCGACUUACAAAUUGGUAUACCUUCAAGAAACCACACAAACCCAAUGACUGGACAUGGGCACUUCCUCCUUUUAUUGACUGGACUCCUACAGCUCAUAUCUUAAAGCCGAUAAGGAUAUUAUGUAAUAUUAUUAGAAUAAGAGUGCCUAAUAACAUAUGUAUUUUUCCUUUGGAGACCUACUACAAGUAAAUACAGUCAUAUAUGACCCCUUACUGUAUAUGUAUGUAUGUAUGUAUGUAUGUAUAUGUAUGAAUGUAUGAAGGAACUGUGUGUGUGUGUGUGUGUGUGUGUAUAUAUAUACACACACACACACACACACACACACACACACACAGAGUUCCUUCGGAAAGUAUUCAGAACCCUAGACUUUUCCCACAUUUUGCUACGUUACAGCCUUAUUCUAAAAAUGUAUUCAGUUAUUUUUUCCCCCCUCAUCAAUCUACACACAAUACCCCAUAAUGACCAAGCAAAAACGGUUUCUUAAAUAAAAAAUGUUUUCUAAUUUAUUAAAAAUAUAAAACUGAAAUAUCACAAGUAUUCAGACCCUUUCCUCAGUACUUUGUUGAAGCACCUUUUGGCAGCGAAUACAGCCUCGAGUCUUCAUGUGUAUAACUCUACAAGCAGAUCCUGCAGAUCCUCUCAAGCUCUGUCAAGUUGGAUGGGGAGCGUUGCAGCACAGCUAUUUUCAGGUCUCCAGAGAUGUUCGAUCGGGUUCAUGUCUGGGCUUUGGCUGGGGGUACUCAAGGACAUUCAGAGACUUGUCCCAAAGCCACUCCUGUGUUGUCUUGGCUGUGUGCUUAAGGUUGUUGUCAUGUUGAAAGGUGACCUUUCUCCCCAGUCUGUGGUACUGAGCACUCUGGAGCAGGUUUUCAUCAAGGAUCUCUCUAUUUUGCACCAUUCAUCUUUCCCUCGAUCCUGACUGGUCUCCCAGUCCAUGCUGCUGAAAAACAUCCCCACAUCAUGAUGCUGCCACCAUGCUUCACCGUAGAGAUGGUGCCAGGUUUCCUCCAGACGUGACGCUUUGCAUUCAUGCCAAAGAGUUCAAUCUUGGUUUCAUUAGUCCAGAGAAUCUUGUUUCUCAUGGUCUGAGAGUCCUUUGGUGCCUUUUGGCAAACUCCAAGCAGGCUGUCAUGUGCCUUUUACUGAGUGCCUUCCGUCUGGCCACUCUACCAUAAAGGCCUGAUUGGUGGAGUGCUCCAGAGAUGGUUGUCCUUCUGGAAGGUUCUCCCAUCUCCACAGAGGAGCUCUGUCAGAGUGACCAUCCUUCUCUACUGAUUGCUCAGUUUGGCAGAGCGGCCAGCUCUAGGAAGAGUCUUCUUCCAUUUAAGAAUGAUGGAGGCCACUGUGUUCUUGGGGACCUUCAAUGCUGAGAAAAAAACAUGUCGUACCCUUCUCAAGAUCGGUGACUCGACACAAUCGUGUCUCAGAGCUCUACUGACAAUUCCUUCGAUCUCAUUGCUUGUUUUUUGCUUUGACAUGCACUGUCAACUGUUGGACCUUAUAUAGACAGGUGUGUGCCUUUCCAAAUCAUGUCCAAUAACUUGAAUUUGCCAAUCAAGACUCCAGUCAAGUUUUAGGAAUAGGAUAAUCAAUGGAAACAAAAUGCAACUGAGAUCAAUUUCGAAUCUCAUAGCAAAGGGUCUGAAUACUUAUGUAAAUAAGGUAUUUCUGUUUUUAAUAAAUGAGCUUUGUCAUUAUUGGGUAGUGUAUAGAUUGACGAGAAACAUUUCAAUUAAUCCAUUUUAGAAUAACGCUGUAACGUAACAAAAUAUGGAAAAGGGGACGGGGUCUGAAUACUUUCCGAAUGCAUUGUAUAAGCCCCAAGUGCUCUUAAUAAUAGAUUGGAUUCAUGUAACUGUUGGAGUUGAACCCCAGUAAAAGGGAAAGCAGUUACAUUAGUGGUUGAGCUGAGAACACAUCCAUAGGAUUUCUCUGUGUCUGUCGUUUCUCUGCAUUUGGAAAAGCAGCAACGUCCACUGUGGUGGUCGAGUUUAAAAGCCUGUUAAGGGUUCAGAGCUUGAUAAAUUACAGCGGCCAGGGAAAUACCUGCAGAUUGGGGCUGGCUGGUUCACAUUCUCCCAGCGUGCCGCUUGUGCCUGGGGCCUCCAACGCAAAAGUGUGUUGCUGUGUGCCAGAAAUAAAAUGCGUGCUUGUUCUGUAACCCAUAGACACUGCAUACAUUGUUUCUCAAUUAAGCCAGUUGACAUAAGCAAAGUUGACAGACGUUCACUCAAUCCCUCUGCUGUGGAAUCAGGUGGAGACACAGUUUUAGUGUUUACACGUUAGCCUGGUCCCAGAUCUGUUUAUGCCGAAUUGCCAACUCCUAUGGUUAUUGUCAUGUCAAACCGAGAGUACCCUGAAGGAGAGGCAUUUUCCCCCCAUGCAAACGGCACUACCCACCAUACUUUGUACGUACACACUACGGGUGCCAUGCACCAACGAGGAGAGUGGACCGUGAAGGUGACAAGGAUCAGAGACGUCCUGACCAGCGCAACAAAUUAAUGAGGCAGAAUUACUUAAGAAGCUUCUGACCUAAGGGGUUUGCAUGACAACGACCAUAGGAGUUGGCUAUACAGCACAAACAAAUCCGGGGACCUGGCUACUUAUGCUGACAGUGGGAGAGAAUAUGUGGAUCAGUGGUCCUUCUACUCCAACUAUAUCCAAGAGCUUUAUCCUUCCAAUACUCAACCGCUCGUUGACUGUAUUGAUAUCUUUCAACAUUGACCAAAGGCCCUUACCCAUGCUAUAGUAUUUAGAAUUUAGAUAAAUCCAACCAUGUCAGGAUAGCCUGGUGUAUAGCUAGAUCUAGUUGUGCAUAAUGUGUUUUCAUGACACAUGUACAUGAAAGAUGAGUUGUCAAAAGUACAAGCAGAUAUUUGGCAUUGCCCAAGAUGAAGGUUAACUCUUAAAGACAUCUCAUCUGUUUGGCUGUUUGGGUAAGUACCUUAACUCCAAGAUGAUUUAAUUAAUGGAGUUGAGUGCAGACUAGAGUUAUUUAGAAAAAAUAUAUAUAUAUUUACAAACCUCCAACUCCUUCGAGUCGCUGUGCAGUUGAUACUUAAUUUUUCAAAUUCUUAAUCCCGUACCAUGUUUGUCCUCUGUUUGCAUGC